ACUCCAGGCUGAAUGUCCCCGGUGACGUCAGCUGACUGUUUUGGCUGUACUAGGCGCUCCGGACACAGCGCGCGCUGCUGCUGCUGCUGCUGUAAAAAAUGCUGCUCUCUGUGCCGCCAAGGAUAGGAUUCAACCCAUACAACGGCUAUCCCAGCAGAACCACUAAAAAGCAGGCGUAUGCGUCCUCCACCCAGCAGAUGGCGCCGCCCAGUCCCAACACCACCACCAGCAGCAGUAAUGGAAGCAGUGGAGACCACCUGAGCAAAACCAACCUGUACAUCCGUGGUCUCCAUCCAGGAACCACAGACCAGGACCUGGUCAAGCUCUGUCAGCCCUAUGGAAAAAUAGUGUCUACUAAGGCCAUUCUUGACAAGACCACCAACAAGUGUAAAGGCUAUGGCUUUGUGGAUUUCGACAGUCCGACCUCUGCACAGAAAGCAGUGACUGCACUAAAGACCAGUGGAGUUCAGGCUCAGAUGGCAAAGCAACAAGAACAGGACCCCACCAAUCUAUACAUGUCUAAUCUGCCUCUGUCUAUGGAUGAGCAGGAGUUAGAGAGCAUGCUCAAGCCCUUCAGCCAGGUCAUCUCCACACGCAUCUUACGCGACGCAAACGGCACCAGCCGCGGGGUCGGUUUCGCCAGGAUGGAAUCGACUGAAAAAUGUGAGGCCAUCAUUCAACAUUUCAACGGCAAAUACAUCAAGACUCCUCCCGGAGUUCCAGUGCCUACAGAACCCUUGCUGUGUAAAUUUGCGGAUGGGGGACAGAAAAAACGCCAGAAUCAGGGGAAAUAUCACCAGAAUGGGCGGCAGUGGCAGAGAGAGGGCGAGACUGGCGGGAUGACGCUAACAUACGACCCUACUCCUGCUUUACAAAAUGGGUUUUACUCUCCUUCCUACAGCAUUGCUCCGAACAGAAUUAUCGCGCAGACUUCUCUCUCUCCCUACAUGCACUCACCUGUAUCCACCUACCAGGUACACAAUCCCUCCUGGAUACAUCACCAGUCUUACCUCAUGCAGCCCGCGGGUACCGUCCUCACGCCCACAGUGGACCACACCAUGACCAUGCAGCCCACUGCUAUAAUAGGGCCUCUCACACAGCAGCUCAGCCAUCUAACCCUGGGCAGCACAGGCACGUAUAUGCCUGCAAACACAGCUAUGCAAGGGACCUACAUACCACAAUAUGCCCAAGUGCCUCCUUCAAGCGUUACAGCCGAGGAAAAUAGCGUCCAACAGCAGCAGGUUGCUAUAGAGACACCCACAGACCACACAACAUACUCCUACCAGCACGGCAAGUGAAGAGGAGGUGGGCUACUUCCUGUUGCUUCCGAAAUCUUGUGUUCAUUCAUAGGAGUGAUGGAGGAUACUGAACCACCUCUCUUGACAUAAAAACAAACGGACAUUGUGAAAAGGAACUGAGAAGCGUGUCUCUUUCCGAUGGAAGAAAGCAGACAUUUUUGUGACUUUUUUUUUUUCUCUGAGAAGGCCAACCGAUAAUGAAGCUAAACCUAUUUUAGUAAAUGAAAGUCUUGGAGGGAGAAAGCUAUGACUACAAGACGUCAUAAAAGUUCACAAAAAGCAAAGUAAGCUUUUUUUAAACACAAAGACUCACAUGCACACACACACACACUCCGACACAAUUUGAGAAAUAUUUUUCUGCAACUUUAUUUUCUAAAAUGUUCUGUGAUGCCAGAAUGAAACAACUAUGAUGUUACAGCACCAUGUGUCGUUUUAAAUUGAUUUAAUCUUUUUGUAAAAUUCUUCAAAGAUUUUGUUGACUGCUUUUGAACUGUCUGCUGCAAAAGGAAUUUUGUACAUAAAAAAAAACUGUUUUUGCAAAGAUCUUGCUGCAUUUUUCUUGAAUAUCGAUUUAAGGAAAUCCUGAGGAACCUGCUGAAACCAGCAGCUUAGUUGUUUUGAUAGAUCUGCAGAAAAAUGUGCUGUAUCGAAGAGCGUAGUAAAUGCACUCAUUGUUUCGAGCAACUUUGUGCCAGCAAGACAAGACUGAAUUCAGAAACCAAGACCUCAUAUCCCCUCACAAAAUAGUAUUUUGUUUUUCUCUUCCAAAAUGCUGCUUUAUCUUGUAAGUUAGGUUAUGCUCUGUUUAUAUGUUGAGAUUUAUUUUUGUAUUUGAAGAUCAUUUUUUUAAAGUAAAUUUCAAAGAGAAGCUAUUUGGAUGAUAAACCUUUUUUAUGGC